AUGGCGAACCGUCAGAUUACUCGACGCAUUCUCAUCAGUGCCGCGAUUUCCAUCUUUCUGCUCUUUGUUUUCUUUAUCCGACCUGAAGGACCACCGAGUCCCGCGAUCCGUGCACCCGGUCAUCUGGAGAAGUCUACGCAGGCCGUGGUCUCGAAAGAUGACCUCACCAAGGGCGAGGUUGUGAUGCCCCGGCUGGGGAAUGCAACCGCAAAAGCCGAAUUGGGUCGUGCGACAUGGAAGUACUUCCAUACUAUGCUAGCUCGAUACCCCGAGGACCCGACAGAGGAGCAGCAGGAAACCCUUCGCUCCUUCAUCUACCUUUUUGCGCGACUCUAUCCAUGGUACCUACCCACACUGCUUUCUCUCGCUGCACUGGUUGUGGUUGCUGACUACUUAAUCAGUGGGGAGUGCGCUUCUCACUUCCAGGGUCAUCUGAAGAAGUACCCGCCGCAAGUUUCCUCGCGCAAUGCGGCUGCAGGAUGGGGCUGCUUUAUUCACAACGAAGUCAAUACCAUGCUCGAAAAGCCGAUCUUCGACUGCAAUAAUAUUGGAGAUUUCUACGACUGCGGCUGCGCCGAGGAUGAGGAGGGCGAGGGUGCCGAAACCCUGAAAGAUAAAAAGAGUCAGAGCGCUGCUCGAGACGAGGUUGAUAGCGUUGAGGCGAUUUCUCCUGUCGAAAUAUCCAGGGAACCGUUAGUUACUUCCUUUGUUUACCAUGGGGGCGAAGAUACUGAUCAGACGAUCUAG